AUGAUUACACCAAACUCAUUUACAGAGAAUGAUUCACUUGAUAAACUAGUUUUAGCCUUUUUGGUAUUUAGAAUCGUGGUGUCUGCUGCCAUUAGUUUUUCUGCUUCUGUUCAAACAUUCUAUGAGAUUAAAUACCAACAUUGGCGUAAUGUCAUUAAUCCUAGAUUCCUUGUUUUACUUGGAAUCUCUAUAUUCCUUGCUUUAAGAAUUGUUUAUACUGGAGUAUUUAUAGAAACCAAAGAUCAAGGAUUUACAUCUUCAACUGUUUUUGUUAGAAUGUUUGUCACUUUUUUUACUCUACAAUCUUGGAUAUUCAUUGGUAGUUUUUGGAUGCAAUUACUCUUUACUUUAUAUAUUGCUAAAAGAGUUAGAAUGGAGGUAAUGUUGACAUUUAAUUAUACAAAAAUCCAAAAGAGAUUUAAAUUAAUUAUUUAUUUUAUUUAA